AUGACUGUGAGCUUUAAUGGAAGGAUGGAUGCCAUGUACCAAGACUUGAAUGGGAAAUUUGAAGCUUUGAGCACACAUGUGAAGAAGUUGGAUGUUCAAGUUGCUCAAAGUGCUGAGUCUAUCAAAAGACAAGAGGGUUUUCUUCCUGGAAAGACCAAUAUCAAUCCCAAACAUUCAUGUCAUGCUAUUAUGGUGGAAACUGGAGCCAAUUUCGUGGAUUUUGAGAAGACUGCAACUGAUUUUCGCACUGCAGAAGUUGUGUCGGGCGACACCACUGAACUGUGUCGGUCGACACUGCACAUAGUGUCGGUCGACACCAUCCCCUGUGUCGGUCGACACCAGACUGCCAGAAGAAAUUCUGCAAAUUUCGGAUUUUCAGGCAAAUUUCUGCAAAUUCCAGACUGCACCAGAUCUUACAGAAACGUCCAAAUCAGGUGCAGAAAGAGUCUAUAA